GGGGCUAGGUGGAUCUAUCUCCAUUGACAACAUAGUGUCCUUUCACGGCUGCCUUUCCAAUUCCAAGUACAUGCACAGAUAUCAUAAAGAAUAGACAGUACUGAGAGAUGCAGGCGUCUUAUGCUGGACCCUUGGCCAGUUACAAUAGCCUGGAGGAUGAACAUUUGGCAGAGUAUUUCUCCAACCCAAACACUAUCAAGCAUCUCAGAAAAAUGGGGCUGGUGACAAAAGAUGGUAGAAUUGUCAACGAAGGGACCAUUCGGAGAAAUGCAUCUCAAAAGGAGCACAAAGCUCGUACUAAAGACCUUCUAGCUGACGCCAUUGUCCGCAAUGCUCUUGAGAUUGAGAGAAAGCGUAGAGCUCUUCUCAGGAAUAAAUUAGAGCACCUUGCUAAUAUUGAAACUGUCCAACGUGUCAAGAGCCAAAAAUCUCAUCCCUCUUGGGUUCAAGAGUUCAACCCCAGUGCGGUACCUACCAUUCCCCCUCUUCUAUCUGAAACCCUCGAGUCCCAUUCUGAUCAACUGGGCCUGUCAUCAGACCAACUGUUUGAGAUGAGGAGGCUAGUGGGAGAGUUUACCAGAGAUAGGCGUGUGAGAACUAGGACCCGGAAUCCUUACGAGUCCAGUCUGUGGUCUCGUAGUUCCUCUCCCCUGCCCCUGGCACCGAGACCACCCUCAGCACCAAGACCUCAAACCUCGAUGCCCAAUCAGAGUAGGAGACUACAACUAACACACCAGAAUGGCAGACCAAGGACAGCACCUGGUGGUAUUGGUACUCAUUGUCUGUAUCCUAGUCGCACACAGCCAGCUCGCUCCCAGGUCCUCAUCAGUCUGCGAUACACGGGCAAGAACCUACACCUGGAGGGAUCCUAUUGUAGCUCAGCCCUCUCUGAGGUUCUGAUACUGCAGCAGCAUUGUGGCGGGAACACCGUUCAACUGUACAAAGGAAGGGUGAGACCUAGAGAACAAUUCACAUUUGAGUCUAAACGUCACCUAAGCAUGCCGUUUGGAUUGACGAUCUACCUUGAUGGCAUGAUGGAUUUGCGUGUCAGUACUUGCUGUGAGUACAGACAUCAGUGUGGCAAGCUACUGGGCAGCAGGAGGGCACACUUUAGACUCAUAAAGGUGGAGGGUGGGAGACCUUGUGUCAAAUGUAACGCUGAAAUUGAAAGAAAAGAAAAAAAGGACAAAUUACACCGAUCAUUAGAGGAGGCCAUCUCUGGACCAUCAACAGAGAAUGAUGAAGAACUCAAUCAGCUUCUUGCGAGAAACACCAGUGCUGUGGAAGCAGUGCCCCCCAGUCCGACUGCAAUGAAUACCAAUGCUGUGGAAGCAGUGCCCCCCAGUCCAACUGAAAGAAACACCAAUGCUGUGGAAGCAGUGCCCCCCAGUCCGAUUGCAACAAACGCCAAUACUGUAGAAGCAGUGCCCCCUAGUCCGACUGAAAGAAACACCAAUGCUGUGGAAGCAGUGCCCCCCAGUCCAAUUGCAACGAACGCCAAUACUGUUGAAGCAGUGCCCCCCAGUACCACUGCAUCUCCUCCAAACUCACAAACACAAGUUGAUAAGGAACAAGAACCUCUGGAAUCAGAAAGAAAGAAUUCUCCCGAACCAGAACAAUUUGAAACAGAUACCAAAGAUAGCGAGGUUCAAGCUACAGAAGACAUGUAUGAAGAUGAUUUUGUCAAGAGUGAGUCUGUCGUUGAUUCACAGCACUCGUCCGGAAGUAGUAACUCUUUGGUCAAUGAAGAAAGUAAAACAAGUAGUCAAUCUCACAGCAGAUCUGCUAGUGCUAGCUCUGUUUCAUCACGUUCGUCAGAAGAAAACAUCUCUCCAGAUAUCAAAGAAUCCAGUUCCUCUCUGUCAGAAACAAAAUCUAUCCCAGUCGAUGUUAGUGCCUCAAAUCCAAAUACGACUACAGCUGUGAAUGAAGAAUAUGAGUAUGAUGACGAUGUGUUUGAAGAGCCUGAAUUAGAAGACCAUGUUGAGCAACAAGAUGACAAGCAAGACUUACAAAUGGAAUCCACUGAUCCAGUCCAAGAACCAGCCAUGUCUCCCAUCGAACAAACAGUACAAACUUUACUUAUCACUGAUAAUUUAGAACUGGAGCAAAAUGCGUCUGAGAAUCCUCAACCAAUACCAGAAAAUGACAACAGUAAUAUAGCAAAUGAUUCUGCCACCGAAGAGAACAAGGAACAGGCUUUAACUGAGGUUACAAAUGAACAUACUGACACAGAAAUAACUCCAACGGAUCCCACUGUUCAAGAGAAUCUACAUGACCCUGAUGACCCUAUUCAAGCUGAAGAAGAGGGCCAAACUAUUGAGAGCUCUUUCGAAAAUGAAACUACUUCCUCUGUACAUAUUCCAGACCAACCAAUGGAAGAGCCAGUUAUUAUAUCUCACCAAGGUUCACCCCAAUUAUCACUAGUCGAUAUUCCCCCUGAGAAUGUUACCACUUCCUCCAGUCUGUCUGCCUCCUUCACUCUCACAGAGGCUGUCAAAGCUAUUGAAAAAACCUCUUCAGCCAAUUCUCUCCACUCGAUACUCAACGAUAAUUCCAGCAAGACGGCAAGCUCUAUUGAUUUAAGUGAACCCGAUGAAGACAUUCCUAAUUUAGAGCAGAAGAUUCUGGAGCUACCCAAUCCUAACCUCAUAGAAGCAGCGCCACAAUCUCCUACAAAUGCAGAAAACCAGCAAACUGUUCAACAUGAGAUAUCAACUCAAGAUGAAGUGAACAAUGCAGAUGAUAUACAACCUGUUGAUGAAACUCAAGCUAAUACUGAUAAUGAACCAAGAAGUGAUCAUACUGAAAGUGAUGCCAGCUCCAGUUAUCUCCCUGGCACAGUGGAAAGCAGUACAGCAACUUUAGCAACUGAAGAUCAAGCAAAGAAUACACCCAAUACUUCAGAGCAAGGCAAUUCACAAAGCCAAUUAGAUAAUCAAGCCGAUGCUGACAAAGAAGCAACAGAUCUUGCUGAACAAACACUUACGAACACAGAAACCCAGCAAAUUGUUCAAAACGAUAUUUCAACUCCAGAUGAAGUAAGCAAUGUAGUACAUGCACAUGCAGAUGAUCAAGCUGAUACUGAUAAUGAACCAAGAAGUGAUCAUACUGAAAGUGAUACUAGCUCCAGUCAUCUCCCAGGCACAGUGGAGAGCAGUACAGCAACUUUAGCAACUGAAGAUCAAGCACAUGAUAAUUCAGAGCAAGACACAGUUUCCCAGUCAGAAACAGAAAGCAAUAUUGAACAGAACCAUUUAGCCUCAUCCCCCAGCCCUAGGCCUUCCCUUUCAUCCUCUCUUACAUCUGUUUCAAGUCGCUCAGAUAAUGUGUUCACAUGA